AUGGAACCCAGAUGCAGCACAGAAAUUUUCUUUCCCCUCUGCUACCUGGGGAUCCACAGACCAAUGUGCCAGGCACAGACAGGCACUGGUGGGGACCCGACUUACCUGGAAGUGCCAGUACUGGAUCCAAGUACAUGCCUGGGCAAGGCAGAAUUCUUGGCCAGCAUUCUGAGCCCAUUGCCCCUGGCUAGGCACGCUUCCAGGGAGGGUGAGCACCUUCACACAGGGAAUGUGUACAUCAGCUAUUGCACUGGGAAGAUAUUCACCAGCUCUGUUCUGGUUUUGGGAAUACUGACUUUUAUGCUGGUUACUGAGUUUGCCAAUAUGAUUGCACCAUCUUACAAUACAGCUACUCCAAAGUACGCUUCUGUUGUCUUCCUAAGCACCAGCAGAUGUGUAUCAACUGCAAGAUAA